AUGACCGCAAACCAGGAAGACGUUGUCGUGGGCGGGAGUGGCGGCGGCGGCGACAGCAGCAGCACCGGGGCCACGAGAGUCCGCGCAGGGCGAGGACGGGAACGGGGGGGCUCCGGCUGGAGUCCGUCCUCCUCGACAACCCCUGCCCCUUCUCUGCAGCAGGGGAGCGGUGGUGGUGGUGGUGGCGACGUGGACGGCGGCAUGGGCUUCAUGGGUAACAGCAGCGGCGACGAAAACUUUUUCCACCGAAGACACGCGACGUGGGACUGCAUCGCGGAGGACGCUUUGGGUCAGCAUGUGUGGCACUACCCGGCCUUCAAGAUGUACCUCGGGCUUGGCAACCUCACCCUGCUCGUGUACAUGUGGGGGGUCAACAUCUGGGUAAGCGAGAGAGAGAUAGACCAAGAGAGACACACGCAGAGAAAGAGAGAGGGGGACAGAGACAGAAGGAGAGACAGCGAUAGCCCCUGUGACAGAGGCAGAGAAGGGAAAUAGAUAAACUUGUUGUCACACUCUAUUUUUUCGUGCUGGUAAGACUUGAAACAGGGCGAGGCAAUCGUGUUUUUUGCGGUCCUGCUUGCACAAUGUGUUCAUGCUCUCCGUGUCGCGUCACGAGCCAAUCUUAAGGGCGAAACAGGUCGGGUUAGACACCCUUUGCGACGUGAACGAGGUCUGCGU